UUGGCGCUUGCAGCCUGCGCGGCCUUCGGCAUAACCAUGGCAGAUGUCUCACAUUUGACCAAUCACUACAUACCACCAAAAACGAUGAUGCCAAGUAGCACAGCUAGAGCAACAAUGAUGCAGCCGAGUGAUAGGUUGCCAAAUACCCGUAUGAAGGAACGCAUUGUGACCACCAUUGAGAAACAGGAACUGCGCGAAUUGCCAACUCAAACAGAAUAUCUACAACCAGGGCAGCAGCCUUAUGGCAUAGGUGCAGCCAGCAGUUCAAGCAGCAACAAUCAGGGCGGCGGCAUGCCUGCAAGGGGACACAGUGGGGAGUUGCCGUUGGAAAUGAUGAUUCCGAGAGAACUGUUGUCGCCACCACCACCACCACCACCGCCACGUAGUCAGGAAGAGCAGCCAAUCGUUGCACCAGCCACUCAGUAUUUGGCACCCAUGGAGAGCACGGAGUCAACUAAUCAAAGGCAACAAAAUAGUAUGCCUAUGCGUCAGUACUUGGCGCCACCGAUGACUUCAUCUGAUGAACCACAACAAAUGAAUUCAAUAACUGCCGAUAGUAAUCAUCAUUUCGCUCCAGAUGUGAAUGCUCAUGACCAACAGGAGACGCUCCAGGACACUUCUGCUCCGUCGAGACAGUAUUUAUCGCCAAUGUCAAUGUCUAUUCAAGAGCAUGAAUCUCGAGAGGCGUCAAUGGCCAUGCCAAACAAUCAGUAUUUGGCUCCAGCACCAACAAUGCCCAGCAGUGGGCAACAACUGCAGCAACAAUCAGCGCCAGCUGUGCAUUACUUGCCACCACAGCAGCAGAUGCUUGAAAUGCCUCCAAGGCAAUACUUGGCUCCUCAAAUUCAAAGACAUGAAAUGCAAAUGCACCAGCAAAUGGAACCUGAGCAAAGAUCUCAGGCAAUGCCAGCAUCCAGUUAUUUGCCGCCAACAUCAAAUAUGUCUCCACCGACAUUAGAAAUGUCCUCGCCGUCAAUGGAAGUUGUGCCACAAAUGGAACCGACACGUGAAUAUCUAAGUCCAUUUGGAGAAGCCGAAAAUGUAGCAGAAGCCGCACAAGAAUCCGCCAAAGAAGCCACAGCAAUGUUUGAAGAGCAAUCGGCUCAUCAGCCAACGCCACCAGCGCUCGCCGAAGAGCCGGCUAGCUACUAUCUACCACCACAGUCGCCUGCAGCUCAACAGCUUAACUACCAGCAGCAAUACCAGGCAUCACAACCAACGCCACAGCCAGAGCAAAUGCCGCCAGUCGAAUUUGUGCUUCGACACCAUCAGCUGAUGACGCAGCCCGGAAGUGUCGAUGAUGAUGCGCCCGUGUUUUUUGCUCAAUUCCAAUCGAUGAGCAGCGCCGCAUCUCCCACUGCACAAACAGCAGCGGAGCCUAUGCCAGCGCAUUUCUUAAGCGAUGACGGUUAUCACUAUCGUAAUGGUGGUAGCGGUGAAGGACUGAGUAACGCAAAUCUCGAUGUAAGACGUUUCCGCGUGAGACAUUGAAAGGGGGCCUUGUGGUGCUUUGUAACAAGGUUACAUAA